CAUCAUACAAUAAAUAGAAUAAAUGUCCUACUGACACUUCCUCUAAGGUCCCAACUAUGGGAUACCAUAUCCAAACUAUAUGGUACAUCAAUAUUAAGUAGAAGAGGAAAGAAAAGCAGAAAGGGAUGGGCUGGUGAGAGUCAUUCAUUCUCUCUCUCUCUCUCUCUCUCUCUCUCUCUCUCUCUCUCUCUCUCUCUCUCUCUCUCUCUCUCUCUCUCUCUCUCUCUCUCUCUCUCUCUCUCUCUCUCUGAUAGAUCCACACCCUGGUGGCAAUGCAGAAGCACAGACGCAGCAAACACACACGCACAGUCUCACUCUCUCGCCUUCCCUGCUUGUGGAAACAGCCCUGUUGUACCACACGCUAGCAUGUCUGACAAGCCAGAUCUCACAGAGAUUGCCAGGUUUGACAAAACCAAGCUGAAGAAGACAGAGACAAAAGAGAAGAACCCUCUGCCCACCAAAGAAACUAUUGAACAGGAGAGAAAAGGAGAUACAAGCCCCUAACCUGAUGGAGAAGAGGAGAGUCAAACACAGCAGAUGCUCCUUUGGUGGCACGUUAUUAAAUAUGAACUAUUUAUGUUUACUUUUUAAGCUUAGUGAGUACUACUGUCCCUUGUGAUGCAUGGUUAUCAUGGCGAUUGAGGUCACGUUCGGGAAAACAAGAUAUGGAGUGAUCUUUUAACAUGGAUCUUUUUAACAAAUUCUGUUAAUAGCAAUUUUCGAAAUAAAAAUCUUCAUGAAAUAAACACAAAUAU